AUGGUGGUUCGACCCCAACCUUAUCUUGCCAUUAGAGGAUUAAUACGCAAGAUCAAGUACAAGGAGUGUUUUGAAGAAGAGAACGCGUGGUUUCCGGUCGUCGGUCUGUUGCUGGCAGCAGCGGCCAGCCAGGAUCCUAGGACACGAAAUGAGAUUCGACCACAAGUGUCGACGGCCAAGCAGGAAUCGGUCGACUCUAUCAGGCUGCCGCGACAAUUACAACUGCCAGGAUCGUUCGCUCGGAGCCCGGCGAACAUUAUCUCGGCGUCCGAAAGAAUCCAGAAGAAACGGCAGCUGGGCGAUCUCGGGCUAAACUUCCAGCCAUUGUUAUCGCUCAAUAGCCAGACCCCGCCGCCGCUUCUUCCGACGACCUUCGGCGCGGGUGGCGUGAGUAACAGCGUCAUUCCACGAAUCAGUCCACAACCGAAGCAGAUCAUCACACGGAUAACGGAGCAAUCCCCAAGCACUCAUGUAACCUUUGUGACCCCGUCGGUCGUACAAUCGCAACGCAGGAUCCACGACUUCGAGAAAUCCUUCCAUCAUAACCAUGGGCAUCACCACGGGCAUCACCACGGCCAUCAUCACGAGCAUCAUGCGCAUCACGAUCAUCACGCUAAUCACAAGCACCAUCACGGCCAUAAGCAUCAUCACGGCCACGAGCACAAGCACGGCCACGAUCAUCACGAGGACCAUAAACAUCACGAGGAUCACAAGCAUCAUCACGGCCAUCACCACCAUCACGGACAUAACCAUGAUCACGGUCACAAGCACCAUUCCGACCAUAAGCAUCAUCACGGCCACGAGCACAAGCAUCAACACGAUCACAAGCACGGUCACAAACACGGCCACGAGCAUAAGCAUCACGGCGACCACAAGCACCACCACGGACAUCACCACCAAUCGAAACACGAGCAUCAUGAAGAACACAAGCACCACUCCGAGCAUCAUCAUCAUCACAAGCAUCAUCACCACAACGAGCACCACCAUCAUCACGAUCAUCAUCACGUCAACGAGCAUCACCAUCAUCACACGCACAAGGAAACCGAGAACCAUCAUCAUCAUCACGGUCACGGGCACAAGGAACAGCACAAGCAUCAGCACAAGGAAGACCAUAAGCAUCAUCACGGCCACGAGCACAAACACGGUCACCAUGAGCAACAUCAUCAUGGCCAUCACGAAGAUCAUCAUCACAAACACGAUCAUGACCACAAGCACGGCCAUCACGAGGAUCACAAGCAUCAUCAUCAUGAAGAUCAUCAUCACAAGCACGGGCACGAGCAUAAACAUGGUCAUAACGAGGAUCACCAUCACGGUCACCAGGAGGAUCACAAGCAUCAUCAUCACGAGGAUCAUCAUCACAAGCAUGGCCACGAGCACAAACAUGGACACAAGGAAGACCAUCAUCACGGACAUCACGAGGAUCAUCAUCACUCCCAUCAUCAGCAUCACAAACAUCACCAUCACGAGUCUCACAAGCACGGCCACGAGCACCAGGAGGAACACAAGCACGGCCAUGACCACAAGCAUCAUCACGAUCAUCACGAGAGCCAUAAUCAUCACGAGCAUCACAAGCAUCACGAAGGACACGAGCACAAGCAUAGCCAUAAACAUCACGAGGGUCAUAAACAUUUCGAAGACCAUCACCACAAACAUGGGCACGAACAUCAUAAUAAGCAUCACGAGGACCAUCAUCAUUCCGUGUUCGAAGGCCACGAUCACGAUGAACAUUACAAAAGUUUUGGCCACCAUUUCGGAGCUUCGCAGACCCAUGAGGAAUACGUAUUUCCGGAAGAAAGCGCGGCGGUUCCCGUGACACCGCCGGCGGAGGAAAGCGUUAUGAAGAUCACAAAGCCGCCGGAAGUAACGGAGUCCGUAGAGCAAGUGGCAGUCGUGCAAGUGUAG